AUCAAUGCAAUGGCCAAUUUGGGAUGGGGUGGUGGCAUAGAAAAUCCUUCAUACUAUGAAAAUGUUCAAUACGUUUUCUUAAAUGUGCAAAAUAUCCACGCAAUGCGAGCAGCCCUUACGAAGGUUUUCGAAGCCUGUUAUCCUCUUCCUGACGAUACGCAAUGGCCGAAGCUUAUUGCCGAGUCGAAAUGGCUGUACCAUAUUAAGCAGAUAAUAUUUGCUGCCACCAGUGUUGCUGACAAGAUUAAGUCUAACUCAAUAGGCAUACGUUAA